CCGUUUCCGGUGAUCAUGGCACAAUAGAGCAGCCCUGAUAACAUUUAUUUCUUAUUUGAGGUAGAUUGGCCGCACGACUACUAGCUAGGCUCUUGUUAUGGCUUUACCUGUAACUUCUCUGUAUGGGUCCUUGACUGGCAUCCUGUAUAUCGCGCUGACGUUCGGUGUCGUAUUUAAGAGGCGCGAACUCAAGAUCCCUUACGGAGAUGGGGGCCAACGCAUGCUCGUUAAGAGGAUAUCGGCACACAACAAUGCGAGCCAAUACAUCCCCUUGUCUCUCAUCUUGCUGGCUUUGAUAGAAGCAGGAGGCUUCGCACACACUGCUUGGAUGCAUGGGCUAGGCCUGGCGUUGCUCAUUGGCCGCAGCUCCCACGCCUAUGCCAUAGCUCUCGAUGGGACCCCACACAAGUUCAGACUCUAUGGAAUGCUCGCCACCCUCAACGGAAUCCUUCUCUCCUGCUGUACUCUUUUGGGCCACGGUCUUGGCCUGUACUGAUGGCUGCAGUGCAACCACUGUCAAUGGUGAGCUCUUAGUGGAAUACAGCAGUGUCACUUGCGGGUACCAUGUGAGGUCACACUGCAGGCUGUUGGCUGCUAUGCCGGCAUGGCCACAUGGAUACAAUCAUGUCCUGUAUGAACUUGAAAAUGCACAACAUUGUGCCAUAUGGCAUGUUGCAUGAACAGAUUGCAAUUGCAAGCACAGCUGUGGCCUCCUUGGACACAGAAAUCUGAUUUAGAAGUUUACUACUGCAAAUGUGAUUGUGACUGGCAUCCUUGCAAUUGCUUUUCAAAUCCAUUCAAUUGCAGUUGGAGCCCAAUUGCACUGCUAUGCUGCUGUCAAGUAUGAAGCUAUAUUCAUUGCCAGCCUGGGCGCAGCGCACCCUGAUUCAGGCUGGAAGAAGGGAAGAAUUUCUCAAAGGGAAGAAUUUUAUAUUCUGCUAGUGAGGACCGUCCUCAGUGUCACUAGUAUUUAAUAUAUACUUAUGAUGAC